UCACUACAGUCUACAGUACUUAACUGCUUAGUACAUAUUUUGAUAUAAAUUUUAUUUUAUUAACUUCUAAAUCAAUGUAAUGUUCAAUUUCACUUUGAGAUUGUAUGAAAAGAAAAAAAAUCAACAACGACGACGAUAAUCAUACAUUUCUUAACAAUAAAUAAUUGCAUAAAGUUAAUUUUUUUUAAUAGUUAAUUAGAUUUUUUUUCUAAACUACACAAAGUCGUCUAGAUCUCAUAGUAAUUUUUGAUUACCUAUUUGUUUCACACCCACAUACAGCUUUUAUAUUAAGAGGAUGGAUUCAAAACAAGAUACAUUUAAUGAAACAGUUUCUUCACUAUUAGAACGUAAAGUACGUGGUUGGCUUAGUGGGGUUAUUGAAGACAUGCGCCGAAGUAGCCCUGUGCAACAAUGGCUAGAUUCCUUGCCUAGUGAGGAUGCAAAUUCACAAGAAGCAACACUGAAUGGUAAGAAAGAUGAAGAUGACUCAGACACUGCUGAGAACAAGGCAGAGGAAUCAAUUACUGAAAAUACUGUGAUUGAAACACAAAAUGAUUUACAAGAAGACAAAAGUUUAGAAGUACCAGAGCAAAAGGACCUGUUAAAGAGAAAGUCUUUAGAAAGUGGAGUACUUAAUGAUCAGUUAAAGAAUAAAAGUAAAUUGCAACGGGACCAUUCUAUACAGUCAGAGGGAUAUAUUCCCAGAUUGAAAAAUCCUUUACUUCGGGAUCACUCUUUACAAUCUGAUGGAAGUGGUUCUAGUGGCAGUUCUGUAUUAAAUGUUUUGGGUGCACGGAAAGUAGAUGCAGAGUCUGUUCUCUUGGCAUUGGGAUUUGGACCAAGUGAAAAACAGCAAAAACUUCAAAGAAUACCGGAUAGAUUUUUGGUUCCAUCCAAGUUAAAGGGAAUAAGUACAGAAGAUUUUAUAAAAAAUGAACAGCAUUCAAUGAAGAUGCAUGAUUGUGGAGUUUUUGGUUACAGAGGAUUAACAGGGAAUCCCCAUGUUCCACCGUCGACAAUUGUAGCUAAAAUAAUUAAUUGUUUACUACAAGACGAGAUGUGUCGAGAGGAAGCUUUAAUGCGCACGCGCCAUUCUAUAGCGGAUAUGCGAAGUGCGCCUGCCAUACACGCCCGUUUAGCGGCAAGAUUUAGGAGCCCCUGAGUUAUGGUACCUGGUAUAAAAAUUGGGAUUAUAAAGUUUUGUUUGGAAUAUAAAGCUUUGUACUUAAAUAGAAUUUCCAAAUAUGGCUGAAAUUUGCUUAUUAUUAAAGCGGUCGUGGUCAUUAAGCAUAGUGCCUGCUGAAAAAUUACAUUUUUCAUUUAGUUACAUUAGUACUUAUUCGAAAUAUUUACUUAAAUUUAUAUAAAAAUACAUUAAUGCGCUGUAAGGGUCCCAUAUGCCAAAAUUAUUGGAUUUUGACAAAGGAUAAGUCCUAACUUUGGAAACUUAAACAAAAAACCCUGUGUACUGCCUACUUAAAUGUCGUCGAAUGGUCCAUGUCCAUACUCCUUACGCAGUAAGACCCGAGUCCUGUUUAAUAUAGCAACCGUGUAAAGCUAGCUUUAUUUUAAAAUUGGAAUUAAAUUCCGUUAUGCCAAGCAAAGUUGUAACUAAAACCGUUAUCCUAUUUUAAAUAAGUCCAUGUUUUUGUUAGUUCUAGUGCUUAAAUGUCAAAAUAUGUUUACACAAACUGUUGAAAAUUUGUACUAUCAAUUUAAGACAUAAAAACGCUCAAACAUUCGAUGUGGUUUGCAUAAUUACGUAAUUUAACACAAAUUUAUUUUCAUUGUCUUGCUGCUUUGCUGUAAAGCUUUGUAAGAAUAAUUAAUGGUUUUGCAUUACCAAUUAUUUUUAUAAAUCUUUAUUUAUUAUUAAAUUUCGAUGUUUGAACUAUAACCGUUAGUUUUGUCAUACAAUCACCUUGUACUUAAUUUGUUUUAAUAAUUUGUUCAAUUUCGAUAAACAAACAUAUCUUACUGUGACCCAUUGUUUGUAGAGUCUCUGAUUAAUUAAUAAUACAUUAUUAUAUUCUUCGUACUCAUAAAAAAUCUAUUUAAAUAUUUAAUAAAAAGUAGAGUUGUUCUAACAAUCGUGCCAUGUUUAAACAUAGAAGUUAUAUCACAUAUCUUUAUAGAGGAAAUUCUUAUAUAUACCUUAAUACAUAUUUAAUAUAGAAUUUCUACCCUAUUUACCUAAAUUUUUUGAUAUAAAUUUAAAUGUACAAUAUAUGAAUAGUUUAGUAACUUGAUUUUUAUGUAUUGUAACAUUACUAAGUCAAGCCGAAAAUAUCACAGAGUAUUAGUAUCUCCUGGCAAUAUUGAGAAUGGUAGAUGUAAGGUCGCUUUACAGAACCGAAACCUUAGCUCAGACUUUCAAUAGUAAAAAUAGCCGCCUUCGCCGGCGUAGGUUGCGUUAUCUUAUUUCCCGCGUCGCACUGCCAGAUUUUUGCUUCACUCACUAAACAGCCUGUGUUGAGUUGUGCCAUCUAGCCAGCGGAGAUUCCUUAAAUUAUAUACUUUAGCAACUGACCUAAACUGUAAAGAUAGCGUAAAACUAAAGACUCUUUUUAGUUUUGAUAGGUGCUGCUCACAAAUCCAUAAUUUUAUUUAACUAACAGUAACUUGUAGAAAUAUUUUUACUUCUGCGACAUUUUUAGUUUGACUAUAGACGUGAUGUACAAUGUGUUGCAGCCAUGUUGCUUGGUUGUGAUAGUCUUAAUUUACCAAUACAGGAGGUUAGCUUGAUAAAUUAAUAUUUACUUUUUGUGCACAAUAUUCUCAAAGUUCUAUAGGUAGUUGUGAUGAAGAUUACACAAGUUUUCUCCAAGUUUAAUUUCUAGAUCUUUGUUGUAUAGAGAUUUAAAUCAUAGAUUUGUCCUGGCUAUAUUUUAGACGCACAAAAGGGUAUAAAUUAGUGCGACUAAUGACUAUAAAAUAUAUAUAUUUAUAUUGACUUAAUUAUUUUCACUAUUUCUCAUACCAAAAACUACUGAACGUAUGUGUUGUUAUGGCAAAAAGCGAACGAUUACAAGAUGUAGUAGCGAGAUGACGCUUUCCAUAUAAAACGUGGACAUGCUCUAUGAUUCAAAUCUCUGCUGUUUUAAUUUUUAUCGAAUGUGCCAACUGUUUAGUACUUAAUGUUCAGUUGAUUUAAGUCCAAAGACAAAAUUUCAAACUUGCCUCAAUUUUAAUGUAGUACGUAGAUUUUAAAGGUGUGAUUUUAUUAAGGAUAUGUAAAGCACAUUUUCAUAUUUUUUCUUCAUUUAUUAAAUGUUAUUCUUUAUUUUGAUACUAAAAUAUAUAGUUGUAAAUUUUAUCUGAAGUCGGUUUCGCUGUACAUUUUUUCUAUAUUAAAAUGGGAAAAAGCCAUCAUGCUUUGUAAAAUUAACAUUCCUAACAAUUUGUUAGGUCACAAACACAUAUCACAGUACAAUUUUAAGUAAGUACUUAUUCCGUUUAAGGUCUUUAAUUGUGACCAUACUUAUUCUACUAGUCUAUAAACACAAAUUAAUAUUAAUUUAAUUAAUGCACGUACUUAAGGUUAAGAAACCAAUUUUUAAAUUAGUCCGUGCCUUAAAUAUCCAUUUGCAUAGAUUAUUAGAAAAUUUGUGAACAUUAAUAUUUUAUAGAGUUAUGUGUGUAAUGUCAUAGUUCCAUUUGAUUGCUCAUUUUAUUAUAAUGUUAAGUUUGAUUUAUUAAAAUGAUUUAGGGAAAU